CCAUGUGCGAAGUCGGUUGUGCAUGUACACCAAUAAUACAUUUAGGCUGCUAAUAAAUGAUUGCUUUUGUCUUUAUUUCCUAAUGCGCUUUUAUGUCUGUUAUUGUUCAUUAAAACCUUCCGUCAGAGGAGUACCCAGAUUGUUCGACCUCCAAACUCACUUUAUUUUAAGGACAGAAUCUUGUGUUCUCAUCCUAAUUUUCAUGUCAUGUCUUUGUCCUGAGACAGCCUUAAUGAUUCACAGAGCGGGGUGUCUUUAAUUCACUCUCAUAAAAGCAGUUUAGCCCAAAAUUAAAACUUUGUUGAAUAUUUAAACUAUUGGUUAAACUGUGUGAUUGACACGGGACCGGAAAAUGUAACUUUCGGUGUUUUUUGAAACGAAACAAAGACCGUUUCUCAAGUGGAAGACUGCAUCCACCAGAGGUCGCAUUUGUAGGCUGCAUGCAUCAUAAUAUCUCAUUUUAGAAUAUUAACAGUCAUACAUUUGAUCAUUAUUCUCAAAUAAGAGUACAUUGUUGUGUUACGCUUAUGCCUCGCGAAUAUAGUGCUCAGGUAAUUAAAAAUAAACCAGGCUUGAUGACGAAUGCAGCCUGCAAAUGCCUUCCGAGAAAUGAAAAAAUAUCCCCCUCCCUCUCACACUUCCUCCCACCCUCUCUCUUUCGUCGUCCCUGUUUCUAAACAUAAAAGUAUGAUAUAAAACAUGAGCACCGCCAUAAAAAGGACAGUCCUGAUAUGGCAUCUAAGAAUUAAACUAACAUAUAAUCAUGACAUCUCUAGCAUUUUAAAGGCGUUAGCAUGACGUCAUUUCCGCUUCUCGCCCGCGCAACAGAAGAAAGGACAUUUUGUUCUGAGAAAAAAAUAUAUACGUUUUUUCCCCUCUCGGUUCCUGCAUCAUAGGGGGAAAGAGUUCAGACCUUCUACCUCAACCUUUAAUCUGUUCAAGAGAUCAUUUAAUUUUUUUAAUAAGAUUAUGCUUUCUGUCAUGGACGACUAGACACCCUUCAUGGGGUGUCCAGCAGAGAGAAAGGCUUGAAUGGGCACACCCUGUGGUCACAUUUUUAAUGCUUUUAUGUUGGAUUUCAUAUUGAUUUCAUGUUAGUGCCUAUAGAAACCACCAUUUGCUAUUUAAAAAUGUGUUUUGUUCAGUGUAGCUGUAGUGUAGUUCUUAGUGAUCCAGGGUGAGCUUUUUAGAAGAAAACACUUGUUUUAUGCAUCACAUGAUGUUCAUGUUGUCAUGCCAUCAUGUUGUUUACACAACAAGGACCAUCAAAGAAGGGUUUCUUCACAGAACUGGUGAAUGUUGUAAGGUUUUGGUUUUUUUUUUUUACGCAAAAGGUAUACUCCAUCCUCUGAACACACACAGGGUAUUCAAGCCUUUCUCUCUGCUGGACAUCCCUUUCCUAAACUUUUUUUUGAAAUGGAAAUUAUACAAAAUAGUGCUUUUCUGAGGGGUUUGUGUCGCAAUAGUGCUCCUGCAGAUUUACAGUACGAUCAUUCGUCAGAACUCUUUCGUAUAUCCACAUAUGCUAAGUUCCCCACCACUGCAGCGGUGACAGAGAGGAGUCUCGCUCGAGCGGGUUUUUACUACACUGGAGUAGGUGACCGUGUCCAGUGUUUCCGCUGCAAUGUGACCGCUGACAACUGGCAGUCCGGCGACUGUCCUGCCGAGCGCCACAAACAGCUGUCUCCCAACUGCAGCUUCAUCCAGAGUUUACCUGCCACCGCAAACCUCCUGUCGUCUUCGCACUCAGCCUUUUCCCCACUUCGUAAUGUAGCCAUCCUGCAGCUGUCCGCCCCUGCAACCACAGGAGUGUCGACUACUGCGGCAUCAUCUUCAGGCCAAACAGAGGAGCAGGUGGGUUACCUAAACAUGGGAUUCAGUAACCUGGCACCAUCCAGUCCUAUUUCCUCGCGUGGAGUAGAGGAUAUGUCUCACCAGAGACCUCCGGCUUGUCACAAUCCCAGUAUGCGUCGAGAACAAGAGCGCCUUGACACAUUUCAGAAUUGGACCCUUGCUACAGUAACUCCAGCUGAGCUGGCCAAGGCUGGUUUCUACUACCUUGGCCAGGGUGACAGGGUGGCUUGCUUCAGUUGUGGCGGCCAGCUUAGUAAUUGGGAACCAGGAGACAGGGCAGUAUCUGAGCACCAGAGGCAUUACCCCAACUGCCGCUUUGUUCGAGGUGACCGUGCAGAUAACGUGCCGUUAUCUAGUGGAGGCCUGUCCAAUGUAUCCAACUCUGCAAUGCAACAGUGUGAAGAACGACUGCUCACGUUUGUGAACUGGCCCUCGAGAAUACCUGUUCGACCAGACCAAUUGGCUAAAGCUGGGUUUUACUAUGUUGGUCGAAACGAUGAUGUGAAGUGCUUUUGUUGUGAUGGUGGACUCCGAUGUUGGGAAUCUGGCGACGAUCCAUGGGUAGAACACGCUAAGUGGUUUCCGAGAUGUGAAUACCUGUUGCAAGAAAAGGGCCAAGAAUUUGUUCAUCAGAUUCAAGCAAGAUUUCCAAGACUAUUUGAACAGCUUUUGACUAAUGGAGACAGCAACUCAAGAGAAUUUGUUGAUCCACCUGUUGUCCACUUGGGUCCUGGAGAAGAUCGUUCAGAAGAUGCAGUGAUGAUGAACAAUCCAGUAGUGAAGUCCGCAUUAGAGAUGGGAUUUGAACGUACCCUGGUGAAGCAAACAGUCCAGAGCAAAAUUCUUACAAGUGGAGAGAAUUACAAAACCGUACAAGAAUUGGUUUCUGAUUUACUAAGUGCAGAAGAUGAGAAGAGAGAAGAGGAGCGAGAGCUUCUUGCUGAGGAGAUGGCAUCAGAUGGUUUUACUUUCCUUAAGAAACAUCAUGCUGCUUUGACACAGCGUCUAAAAAGUGUCCAGAGCUUAAUGGAUCAUCUUCUGGAGGAGAAUGUCAUCUCACAGAAGGAGUAUGACACUAUUCGUAAUUGCACUUCAGUCAAGCAGCAGACAGGGCAGCUCAUUGAUUUAGUCCUGUCGAAAGGAAAUGCUGCAGCAGAGGUUUUCCGCAACUGGAUUAAGAAGAAUGACGUGUACCUGCUCAGAGAAUUGAUGGCCCAGACAAAUGAAGCUGCAUCACCGAGUCAAGAUCUUUCAGAUUUGCCUAUGGAGGAACAACUGAGGAGACUUCAAGAGGAGCGCACAUGCAAAGUUUGCAUGGACAAGGAGGUCAACAUUGUCUUCAUACCUUGUGGUCACUUAGUGGUGUGCAAAGAGUGUGCGCCUUCUUUACGCAAGUGCCCCAUAUGUAGAGGAUUGGUAAAAGGCACUGUCCGUACUUUCCUAUCAUAAAAAAACCUACUAAACUAAUAACAAUUCGUAUGUUUGUCUAAUUAAAACAAAUAAAAAAAAUUUAACUCCG